AUGCCCGCCACCACCAGUGCCCAACGCCCUGAGGAUGCUAAUGUCCUCCCGGUGACGGAGCGGCAGAGGACAUUUCAAACACCUUCAUCGCCAGCAGCAAAGAAAUCCAAGGGCAAGACGGCAUGGUGGCGCAUUCACCUAUUUCGCGGCAUGGUCAACGAUGUCCACCGGCGUGGGCCAUACUACGUGAGCGACUGGACAGACGCCUGGGACUAUCGCGUCGUCCCGGCCACGGUCUACAUGUACUUUGCCAACAUCUUGCCCGCGCUAGCCUUCUCCCUCGACAUGUUCCAGAGCACGGCGUCCAGCUACGGCGUCAACGAGGUGCUGCUCUCUUCCGUCCUCGGAGCUGUCGUCUUUGCCCUGGCGGCUGCGCAGCCGCUUGUCAUUGUCGGCGUUACGGGACCGAUUACCGUCUUCAACUACACCGUCUACGACAUUAUACAUCCCACCGGCGUCGACUACCUCGGCUUCAUGGCCUGGAUCGGCAUAUGGUCUCUUAUCCUCCACUGGAUCCUCGCCGUCACCAACUCGUGCAACUGGCUUCGCUGGGUCACACGUUUCCCUUGCGACAUCUUUGGCUUCUACGUCGCCUGUAUCUACCUGCAAAAGGGCGUCCAGGUACUUGACCGCCUCGGCCACGGCCCGGAUUUUUACCUGUCCCUCGUCGUCGCCCUGCUCGUCUUCCUCGUCGCGUACGCUUGCAGCAUGGUCGCCGACAGCAACCUCUUCCGCCACCAGGUCCGCGUCUUCCUGAAAGAUUACGGCACGCCACUCACUCUCAUCUUCUUCACCGGCUUCGUCCACAUCGGCCGCAUGCGCGAGGUCCCGCUGCAGCGGCUGCCGACCGGCAUCGCCUUUGAGCCGACCACGGAGCGCAGCUGGUUGGUCCGGUUCUGGGAGCUCGGCGUUGGCGACGUCUUUACCGCGCUGCCUUUUGCCAUCCUUCUCACCAUUCUCUUUUGGUUUGACCACAACGGUAAGAACACGUCAGCCUCAUCUCAUCCCAUGCCUCACCAGCUAACAACAUUACCCCGGCCAGUCUCCUCCCUCAUCGCCCAGGGCAGCGAGUUCCCCCUCCGCAAGCCCGCCGGCUUCCACUGGGACCUGUUCCUGCUCGGCCUCACUACCGGCGUCGCUGGCCUCCUCGGGCUGCCCUUUCCCAACGGCCUCAUCCCGCAGGCCCCCUUCCACACCGCCUCACUCUGCGUCACGCAAUCCGCCAAGCCCCACGACAACGACAACGACAGCAGCGACCUCAUCCCCCCGGAGGCCACCACCGCCACCACCAUCGCUACCCACGUCGUCGAGCAGCGUGCCUCCAACCUCGCUCAGGGCCUGCUCACCCUCGGCACCAUGACCGGCCCGCUGCUCGUCGUCCUGCACCUCGUCCCGCAAGCCGUCCUCGCCGGUCUCUUCUUCAUUAUGGGCGUCCAGGCCCUCGCCGACAACGGCAUCACCGCCAAGCUCGCCUUCCUCGCCCGCGACCGCCACGCCCGCCCGCCCGCCGCUGACGCCCCGCUGCGUGCCAUCAAGCGUCGCGCCGCCGUCUGGUGGUUCGUCACCGUCGAGCUCGUCGCGUUCGCCGCCACCUUUGCCAUCACCCAGACCGUCGCCGCUGUCGGCUUCCCCGUCUUCAUCCUCGCGUUGAUCCCCGUCCGCGCGCUCGUCCUACCCCAGCUCUUCCACCCCGACGAGCUCGCGCGCCUCGACGCGCCCACCGCGUCCGCCUUCACCAUGGAGGGCAUCGGCGGCUCCUGGGGCGGCGGCAGCUCCGAGCCUGGCGGGGACUCGAUGCCGCCGCAGGGCGAGAAGGGGGAGGCCACAUGGCAGCCUCGCGUGAGUCCUCGCGAUGGCGGCGUGGUAGAGGGCGACGCCCGCGACGUCUCCCCGCCGCCGGGCAGCGCGUUCCGUCGCCGCAGACCUAGCUCGGCACCCGACGGCGGGGUUGCGAGCUCCGGCUUGUCCGCGCAAGAAACGGGGAGGGCAUAG